AUGGGGUACGAAGAAGUGUCAAAGGCAUAUCGCGUUUGCGACAUUGAAGCGGACCAAGUGGUGAUAUCUCGCAAUGCCACAUUCGACGAAUCAACGUUUGGUUUCUCGCCGACGCUACCACAAGAAAUUGUUGAUGACACUGCGCUGGAUAUCGAAUCGAUGGACAUCAGCGAUGAGCCUCACCCCAUGCAGUUCAAGCAAACUGGAAAACGCAAAAGCCGUUCAAACAGCCAAGAACAAGUUCUACAACGGACACUUCCUGAGCGUCGUGGAACCGGGUUAGAAGAAUCAAGUGCCCCGGAUGACUCUGAAUCGCACCAAGCCAAGCGACGGUCAUGCGCUCGAGUCAAUCUGGACAAAGAGCGAAAUGUCAGUGACGAAGAUAACGAGGAUGCUAAACCUCAAGUCUUUUGGAGAGCGAGUGCCAAUGCAGUCGAAGGUACUGACUUGUCUGAGCUGACAACGUUUAAAGAUGCUGUUGAUGGAGCAGAUCAAGUGCAUUGGCGUAAAGCAAUCUGUGCCGAGUUGGACUCGAUGAAACUUCGUGGCGUGUUUCGAGCGACCAAACUGCCAGCUGGACAGCAUACCAUUGGCACCAAGUGGGUAUUCAAGAUCAAGCGGAAAGCUGAUGGAUCCAUCGAGAAAUACAAAGCGCGUCUCGUGGCAAAAGGGUUCAAGCCGAAAUAUGGCAUCGAGUACACGGAAACGUUUUUGCCGGUAGUCAAGUACGUGACGCUGCGCAUGGUGGUUGCAAUCACGAAGUACUUUGACUGGACACUGGACCAACUGGACGUGGUGACAGCUUUCCUAUACAGAGAGAUGAAGGAAAAGGUAUUCUGCGCGAUUCCAGAAGGAGUCGAAGUUGAUGAAGACUUUGACUGCUUUGAACUGGUCAAGGCGAUCUACGGACUAAAACAAGCAUCGCGCGUAUGGAACGAGACUUUUCAUGAGUUCGUCUGCUCCAUUGGAUUUCAAGUCUCCGAUUUUGACCAGUGUCUUUAUCUCAAGAUUACAAGUGGCGAGUGCAUGCUUUUGCUGUUAUACGUCGAUGAUGUGUUGGUGACUGGCAGCUCGACCGUACUGAUCAUGCGCACCAAGAGUGACUUAAAGGCGCGUUUUGGAAUGACUGACAGCGGCAAGUGCGCAUUCGUGUUGGGCAUCGAGCUGGUGGACAACGACAACGGUAGCGUGACGAUGUGCCAGCGACGCUACGUGGAAGAUGUUCUCAAUCUUUUGGCAUGA